AUGGCUGCACCCUUCGCCGGCAGAGAGCCAAUGGACGUGCACCUUGACUCGGCGUCGGCUCUCUGCGGUAGUGUGGCGAUGGCUUCGACUCCGAAGUCAGUUAUCCGGGUCGGCUCGCGCAAAAGUCAACUGGCUCUCCGUCAGACUAAUAUCAUCAUUGAUCGCUUGCGGGCAAUUUAUCCAAUGAUUGAAUUCGAGGUCGUGAAAAUUUCUACAAUAGGUGACGAGAUUCUGGACAUCCCACUAUCUAAAAUUGGUGAUAAAAGUUUAUUUACUAAAGAGCUCCAGCUGGCGCUUUUGAACCGGAAAGUUGAUUUCGUUGUACAUUCGUUAAAAGACGUGCCUACAACCAUGCCUAGUGGUCUUGUGUUGGGUUGCGUAGUUACCAGGGCUUCGCCCUUUGAUGUCGUUUUAAUGUCUCCAAUAAAUCGAGGUAAGAAACUGUCUCAACUUCCCCCUGAAUCUGUCAUUGGAACGAGUUCGCUUCGUCGUACCGCUGUACUCAAGAGGAAGUUUCCACACCUAAACUUCACUUCUGUGCGCGGGAACCUGUCUACAAGACUUGGGAAGCUUGACUCAUUUGCAUCACAGUCUAGUGGAAUGCCAUUCAACUCUCCGAAAUAUGACGCUCUCAUACUAGCAGAGGCUGGAAUUGUUCGAGUCGGCUGGAAAUCCCGAAUCGACGAGAGAUUGGAUCAUUGUCGCUACGCUGUGGGUCAGGGUGCGCUAGCGUGUGAAUGUCGAGCUGGGGACGAGCGAAUCCAAAGUCUUCUUGCUAGAAUUCAUGAUGAAGCCGCGACCCUAGCCUGUAUUGCCGAGAGGGCCUUUAUGAACCGACUGGAGGGUGGCUGUUCGACGCCGAUCGCUGUGCGUAGCCGGCUUAGUCCCGGAGGAGUAGCUGGCACCAGGGGAGAUGGAGUUGGCAGGCCACGUCACCUCGUCCUUGACGCCGCUGUACUCUCUCUUAACGGGGACAGGUGUGUUGAAGGAAAGCUGGCCACUCGUUUGCCCAUUGCUUUGCCUUCAGACUUCGCGAAACGCCCCAAACUUAGACUCGGCCCUACCCCAUCCACGAGCCCGGCCCUGGAUGACGAAAUCUCGGAGUUCGAGGAAGCCAGCGCCGAGGACGAUAAGUCGGUCUUCCUGGGCGUGCACGUCGCGCCAAUCUGCCGGGUUGCGCGUCUCCGAAUGGCUCGGGCCAGACGCCUUGGCGAGGAGCUCGCCGACCGCCUCUACGCCGCCGGAGCCGCUGAAAUCCUCACCGAGAUCAAGCUGGCUGCGGCUAGCACUUGCCAACCAACGAAAUUUAGCGCCGUUGUCGGUUCCCCCUCGAAGGAAGCGCCACCUGAAACCACGGAUGAUUCCCCUCUCCUUAUCUCCUUCACUCCGUCCCAGUGCAUAUCGUUGGAAACUAUGCCCAGUGCCAUUUUAGGUAGUCUUUAUUCUGUGAUUGCAGUUAUGGAUCCUAAAUCUAAACACAAACGCAAGGCCUUUUACCGUCGUUGCGCAGCUGGGGAAAGGAAGGCAAAGCAACGACUCCUCGAAAUCUCCGGCGAUGCUGAUGUCAGUGCUCGUCCUAUCAAGCACCUUGAGCCCGGGAUGACGGGAAUUCUCCUAAGUGCUAGCAAUAAGGAGGAACGACAAGCCCUGAUUGAGGCCUUCAGGCUGCUAAACGAAGCCCAUGAACGCCUUAAUGGAAAAGCUCCGGUUGAGAAAACUGAAGAUGCGGAGCCCGAUGGCAAUGAUGCGGAAGAAAGCAGUGACAUUGUGUCACUGAUGCGAAAAGAAAUGAUUUCCGCAACCGCCGCCAAGUUCAUUUUCAACGGUGUCAAGACUGGUGUUUCGAAUUGUGUCUUCGUGCUCAAUCAGUCUCCCAAGAGCUCUUCAGCAGACCUGGUGCACGAGGUGUUUCGUCAUGUGAUCGAAAGUGGCGAGCCCAACUCUCGACGCAUUCUCCGAUUCCAGCCUGUUUGUGCGACUUGCAAGCCGAACGAAGGCGACCUCAAGGCGCUGGUCCGCAAGGCCUGGACAGCCUUCUGGAACGGUGCUGACGCUUGGGAAGACAAAAAGCCCCUGUGUUCUCUCUGUUCCGGGGUACCUCUUCAGCGGGCGAAAUUCCUCGCGAAGGUUCCAUUGGAGAAUGGUGGGAAACGAACAAACUACUUUACUGUAAACUUUCGCGCCAGACACUAUGACAAGUUGGCAAAGUCCGAUGCAGUGAUGGCUGUCAUCGCAGCACUGCACGAAGUCGCACCCGAUUGGUCACCGGUCUGCGCGGGUGCAGACUUGGUCAUCAGUGUUGAUGUUCUCCGCAAUGUAAUUUGCCUGAGUUUCCUUGAAAAAUUCCAUGAAUUCGCCAAGUACAACCUCCGGGAACUUUCUUCUCCCGGUCCAUAA